CUUUGGUGUCGUCACACGUCUCUGGAGCAAAUAAAACUUUCCCCUGGUUGCUUUGUCAUCAGACUAUAAGAGAUGAAUUUGGCUCCAACACAAGUCACUUUAAGUUGAAGCAGGUCGUUACACGAGGGCAGAGCUCAAAGCCCUGGAGGAAACGAUGAGCAGUGGUUUUAUCAGCGGGAACAGGAAAACCACGCUGUCUCCACGGGUUUGUUCCAGGCUGAUGACCCUCUAAGACACGUCUGACCCUCCAUCACCAGCUCCUUCACCACCUCCUGAGAGACAAGGACGUUAUGUUUCUGUCUGCGUGAGAGUCCAACACGGCGACCACCAUGCAGGAGUGUCACACCGGCCUGUGUCUGUCAGUCUACAUCAUCACGUUUGUGCUGGGUUUGCCCGCCAACCUCCUUGCCUUCUAUACGUUCUUCAACAAAGUCAGGCAGAAGCCCACCCCCAUCGACAUCCUGCUCCUCAACCUGACCAUCUCUGACCUCCUCUUCCUCGUCUUCCUGCCCUUUAAGAUGCACGAGGUGGUCAACGACAUGGUGUGGGACCUGCCCUACUUCCUCUGCCCGCUCUCUGGCUUCGUCUUCUACAUGACCAUCUACAACAGUACCUUCUGUCUGACUGCGGUCAGCGUGGAGCGUUACCUGGGCGUGGCCUUCCCGAUCCAGCACUCCCUGAAGCGACGGCCUCUGUACGCCAUCGGCGCCAGCAUCUUCUUCUGGAUCUUCUCCUUCCUCCACCUGAGUAUUGUCUUCAUCAUUCCCUUCAUUGGUGCUGGAACCUCUCCCGGUUUGAGCCCAGGACAGAACGCCUCCGCCGCCUCAGUCGUAGGUGACGUCAACGAAAAGAAGGUGUGUUACGAGAACUUCACCGAGGCCCAGCUGAACGUGCUGCUGCCCGUGCGUCUGGAGCUCUGCGUGGUGCUUUUCUGCAUCCCUCUCAUCAUCUGCAGCUUCUGCUACAUCAACUUCAUCAGGAUUCUCUCCAAACUGCAGAACAUCAACCGGCGCCGGCGCCUCCGGGCCAUCGGCAUGGCGCUGGGGACUCUGCUGGUGUUCGCCCUCUGCUUCGGUCCCUACAAUGUCUCGCACAUCGUGGGUUUUAUUUACUGGAAAAGUCCAAAGUGGAGAACCAAGGCCCUGCUCUGCAGCACCUUCAACGCCUGCCUCGACCCGCUCAUCUUCUACUUCUCCUCCUCGGCUGUCAGAGGCAACGUGGGCAGUCUCGUCGACGGGGUCAAAGGUUACCUGGACAGGUGCAUGCCCUGUCACCUUGUCCUGCGCUGCUGUGAGACUGAGCCAGACACCAGAUCCAAAUCAGACACCAGAUCCAAAGAUGAGAGCAACACAAACACGAUCUGAGCGAGCGAUCGAGCGAGCGAUCGAGCGAGCGUCUCUGCUGCCCGGCAGGAAAUGAAUUCAUGUUUAUGUUUUUACUUGUGAGGGAAAUUGUUUGGCGUAUCGCGCAGUGCAGCGCUGUCCUCGUUUGACUCUCUGAUGAACUUCCUUUUUCAGAAACAAGACACAAGCGAGAGAGAGACUCAGUGUGUCUGUGUUUCUGUGUGAAGCUGCAGAGACGGACGGACGACUCCAAACUGUCGCUUUCACAUGAAACAAUAUUUACGACACAACAGCGACAUUUCAUAUGAGCUCCAUUAACGCAGUCAGGCACAGAAAAGCCAACAGAGGGAAAAUCUGCAACAGCUUUGUACGUCAUCGCUCACACUGAGAGAUAAAGCUUAUCUACCUAUUUUAAGGCAUAGUUAAGGGUUUUGUUUAAGUGUGUUUGUAUAAGGUUUUCACUCAUAGUCACUCUGAAUAAGUUUGCUAAUAUGUUCUCGUCUUUAUCUCGCUGUUUGACAGGAAACUGAAGUUUGUAACAAGUACUCGGCCAUUUUGUGUCUGAGAUACAAACACAAAAUGGCUGCCAACCAGAGACACACAGAAGAACUGAUUUUAGCCACUUAACAAAAGACUUGACGUCUGAGUUUAUGAUAUCUGGAGCACAUGUUCACGUCUUUAUCUCACUGUUAGACAGACUUUUCCAACAGGAAACC